CGUCUUCGAGUCGUCGAGGAGCGCGUCAGGUGCGCGAGUGUUUCUGACACGCCUUGUCUUCCAAGCAAAGAUGAGCGGCAGCUCAAAGGACAAGCCUCUAGACGAGGAUCGGAUGGACAAGAGGAUUGCCAAGACCAAAUUACGCUUGAUCAUCGAAGAUGUACAAUCGGAGGCGGUGAAGAAGACGCUGAGGUGCGUUCAGCUAGAGGAGGAGUUGGCGCUAGCAGUGCGCAAAGUGUGGACAUGCUUGUGCUUGCCGGUGCUUGAUGAGGAGCGGGGCGAUGGUGAUGAAGAGAGGCGCACGAGCGCAAAGGAGGUUGCGCAAAGUGUGCGAAGCAUUACGCUGCAUGUUAGGGAGAUGGAUGGUGUGGCUUACACCACUGGAGACCGCUGGGACGAUGAGCACAAAGAGAUCCACAUCUCUGCGAAUCACAUCGCCAACACAUCCGAAGACCGGCGAGCAGACGAACUGCGAGGUGUCCUGUGCCACGAAAUGGUGCACGUGUGGCAGUUCAAUGGCAACGGCACCUUUCCAGGAGGAGCAGUGGAAGGCGUUGCGGACUGGGUGCGCCUCAAGGCUGGCCUUGCACCGCCACAUUGGAGAAAGACGCCAGGCGACCGCUGGGACGCAGGCUAUGAAAAGACAGCGUACUUCCUCGAAUGGCUCGAAGUACGCGCGGGGGAAGAUUUGCUUGUGCCCAAGCUGAACGCCCACCUUGGCCAUGAAGGCUGGAAGGAAGGAGCUCCGUUGUGCGCUCUUGCAGGUAGCGAGACCAUCGAUAAGCUUUGGGAGUCGUACAAAGCCUCUCACAACGACCCACACAGACCGACGCGGGCAGCGGGACAGCCGCCCGCUCAUCCAACACACGCUUAGCCUCGCAAUGAUUUCAUGAAUGGCGCA